AUGAGCCCAAACUCCCAAGGUAGUAGGCAGCCCAAGGUUAGAUCACCCACCUUCCAGUUCCAUCAUCAGACUAGCUCGAUGGUUGGAGACAAGACUAAGAAGCAUAUCAAAGACCUCAUUUCAGCCGAUGUUUUGAAUCACUACACUCGAUUGGUUCUUAUUAAUGCUAUAUACUUCAAGGGCACUUGGAAGAAUAAAUUCAAUACAAUAAAAACCACGAAUGAGCCCUUCUACGUCACUCCUACCACGACUGUUGAUGUGCCUAUGAUGAACAAGAAAAGUAAUUAUCGAUACGGUAUUAUUAAGGAGUUGAAAGCCCAGUUGUUAGAAAUGCCGUAUGAAAACAACGGAGCUAGUAUGGUCAUCAUUCUACCCGAAGAAAAGAAUGGACUUGAUUCUUUGCUUCAGAAGCUAGCCGAAGGUUAUGAUCUUCUAGAAGACUUGUCGGCCAACCUAUUACAGAAUAGCGUUAUGGAAGUUCGGGUCACCAUUCCAAGGUUCAAAAUUGAAACAGAAAUUGAUUUAGGAGUACUACUACCUAAAAUCGGCAUCGCGCAGAUUUUCGAUGAGAAUAACUCUGGGUUGACAAAAAUAUUGAAUUCCGACGAACCUCUGUACGUCUCGAAGGCCAUUCAAAAGGCUUUCAUCGAAGUCAACGAGGACGGAGUCAAGGCAGCCGCGGCUACUGAUGCACGUACUCAGAACACCCACAACUUUACACCUGUAAUGAAUACAAUGCGUAGAGAUGUGGAAAAAUCGAAAAAGAAAUGAGGCGCUCGCUAAUUUGCGACGUACGGAAGUGGAGCAAUAGUAAUUUAUAUUACUCAAACUUAUGUUGCGACGUAAAUACACAGAGCUGGAUUGAUUUUUUCACUUUUGGUUAUAUAUUUAGGCAUAUUACAUAAGUCAUCGAAAAAUAUCCAGUCAUCGCCAUAUCUAGCAAAAGCAGUGUAGUGACCUGCCAUUGUCAGUGUUCGACCUGGACGAAAAUGAACGACACCCGCCAACCUGUAUGUCGAAUCGUUUAAUGAUAUUUUUUUUGGAAACGAUUCGAGAUCAUUUCUAGUUCCUCCCAUACAAUCCACAAACAAAUGCGAACCAUAUAGGUACCUAGGUGUUGUACGUGAAGAUCUGC